AUGGAGCGCUGCGAAGCCCUUCUGGAGGAACAAGAUGAGGCGAAUUACUUAGCCAAGAAACAGUUGGCAGCCCAAGUGAGGACGUAUUUGGCCAACUGUGCUGACUCUCAUGAGAAAGAGCAAGUCUUCAUGCGACGACGC